GUCGCCAUCAAUCACACGGUGUACGAGCCGUACAUGCAGAACCCCAUCGCCAUUAGCAUCGAGACGAAAUCGCGCAAGCCGGAUCGAGAGGAGGCACUGCUGCAGCUCGGCACCUGGCUCUCGGCGCAGUUCCAGUGCCUGCGCCACCUCGUCGUGGCCAGAUACGCCAAUCUCGCCGCGGGCAGAGACGCGUGGCGCGCUGCUCUCGAGGAGCUCGCCUUCCUCCCAGGCGUCAUGGUCUUACAGCACAGCUGGCACCUCGUGGCUGCAACGCGACCCGAUCCUGACACUGAAGCCAAUUCUCAGCAGCAGCAGCCCCGCGUCAAGCUGUGGAGGACUCUCGAAAUGGGCAACACGCAAACGCCCGAGGGCAUAUGCCAACUCAUUGUCAGUUUGCGCAUACUCCUUCACUGGGCACAGAACACGUACUGGCCAUGGUUUGAGAAGUGGGUGCUGCGG